GGGCACGAAGUAGAUCAGAAGUCAUUGAUACUCGAACCUGUGGCAGCAAUUAAAGAUGCUUACCAGGCUACCAGCGGAUUGGCAUUUCAAAAAAAGUCGGUCUGCAUGUCUAAGGGGGGAUUUUUCUGCUUGGCCAAUCUAAGAUCAUAGUGAGAUGAAAGGUUGGAAACCUUUCUUUCUCGGUGAUGAGUGCUGGUGCAGUAAUUGUUUGGACUUAGGAGCUAGUAGGCUCCCCUAUGUGACUGUAGUGUCCCCUACGCCGGGAACGCAACUAUGUCAUGGAGUAGCACAGGUAAAUUGAGCGUUUACUCCACGCAAGACACACUACCACAGGCGGCUAUACCUUCUAUCGUUCAGGUAGUAGGGAACUAUAACUAUACCGGCUGCUGUAUGGAAGGAACAGGUGUACGAGCGCUAGCACCGGCGAACACAAGUGAUGGGUCGAACUUAAGUGUCCAGGUUUAUGCAUCGUUCUGCUCUGGGUAUAAGAUGUUUAGUGUAGAGAAUGCGUCUAAAAGUAAUUGUAGUGAUAGUCUUAGGGCGGGGAGCACAUUGAUUAAGGAUUCAGACUGUAGUAUAGUGUGCUUAUGGCUGAGUUCUCUAGAGCGGACAAUAGGCUUUAAUGUCUAUACUGCUAGUCCCCUAAGGAGUUGCCAUUAGAUGAAGCCCGCACCCUUCACGAUCAUAUAUU